GGGGCUCCGCUGCUGUGUUCAGAUUCGCAGGCUGUAUGCCGCCGACGGCAUGCUCUCAACGAUUACGGUCUACGGCGUUCUUCUCUUGCCCACUAUACUGUCCACCGUGACCACCGCCGAUGAAACACAAGUGCCGCCCAACCCCGAACUCAUCGACAAGCUAAUCGGUUACUCCGACUUCGAAACAUACCAGGACGUUAACAGAUGCAUUCCGUUCAACGACAGGUGGUUCGUGAUGUACCGGAACAAGGACCAAAAGGACGAGGUCUUCGAUCCUACGGAUGACGGCAAGUGUGCGCACAUGCUGACUGACAUGAGGUUCGUCGACGGCAAGAUCAACGUCACCAUCGCGGACACUUACGGCCAAAAGGACUAUAUUUUCGAACUGCAGACAUACGAAGGGCGCUCAACGGCCACCGGUUUCAAGGUUACUACUGCCGCAGACCCGUACGAUGAGGGGAAGAUGAUAAGGGUCCUCUACGCUGACUGCAUGCACUGCAUCAUAUUCAACCUCGAAUACAUGGAUACGUACGCCUGCAACAUGUUGGCCCCACUUGAGGACGCGAGGGGAUCGAGAAUUGCUGGCCACUGCGAGUACAUAUACAACAUGUUAUGCGGCACAGAAAAGAAAUGGAUCUACGACUGCUGCGACAGAGAAAACUUCAUGUAUCAGUACUUGUGAAACCACGGACGAAGCAUGGCGACUAACUCACUAUACUGCGAUGCACUCUUGUAACGGCACCAAACCGCGUGGAACAACAAUAAAUGGACACUAUAAGGAAAAAUCGAGCAGAUUUCUU